CCAGAGGCUAAACAUUAUUGGUCAAUCAGUCUACAGUCCUAGAAACCGUUUUACAGAUUUUGACAUCUAGAUGAAGAUGAAGACACUGGCGCUGCUCUCACUGAGCCUUGCAGUGGCUCUGGCAUUGCCAGCACUGCCCCCCGGUGUGGAAAAAAGUCCAGUUUUAACUAAAGAAAAUCAGCUCCCUCUGCUGGGAGACUCGAUUCCACUGCAGGGUCAUGUACAGGUGGAGAAUCCUGCACCACAGGCCAUACUACCCCCCAAAGAGCAGCAGGAAAAAGAGCCUGAAGAGGACUUGAAGCAGAAUAUGGCAGAACUAGAGGUUAAAGUAAAGCCAGAUGAAGAGCAAGAGGUGAAAGUAGAGCCUGAGCCUGAGGCUGAGGUGGAGAAAGCAGGUGAAGUGGAACUAGAAGUUAAAGUGAAGCCAGAAGUUAAGGUGGAGGAAAAGUCUGAAGCACAGCAAGAAGUCGAAGCAGAAGUUCCUGUGGAAGCUGAGGCUCAAAUGCUGAAUGCAGAGGCUGGUGUGAAUCCAGAAGGUGAAGGUGACCAAGAGCUCAAAGAUGACCCCGAGUUCCAGGUGGAGUCAGAGGUAAAAGUUGAGCCGGAUCAACUUCUAAUGGAGCUAGAACCUGAGGAGAAGCACAUGUUAGAUGAAGAAAAUUAUCAGGAGCCUAUGCAGCUUCAAGCUGACCCUGGUCUGGAAGAAGAAGAAGACCACGAAGAAAAGGCAGAAGAAGCAGGAGAAGCAGAAGAGGCAGAGGAAGAAAGUCACAAUGACAUGGUGGAUGAGUUAGAGGCUCUAGAUGAUGACAACAUGUUUGAAUCAGAACUGACAGAAGAAGAAAAGGCUGCAUAUGCAGAAUUUCAGAGUCAAGAUUCACUUGUUGAACCUGAGCCAGAGGAGGAGGAUGAGGAGGCGAAAAAUGAAAUGGUGGAUGAACCAAUCAUGGAGUUAGAGCCUCUGGAUGAUAGCAAUCCAGUUGAACCUCUGCCAGAGGAGGAUUUGGUAAAAAAUGAAGUGGCGAAUGAGCCAAUCAUGGAGUUAGAGCCUCUGGAUGAUAAUAGCCCAGCUGAACCUUUGCCAGAAGAGGAGUUGUUCAUGAGGAAGCGGGACUAUGCUUUAGAUCAAGAACCAGUGAUGGAACUGGAGCCUGAGAUGAUGGAAGAGCCUUUUCAAAAUCCUGGUAUCUUGGAAGAAGGGCCAGCGCUGGACAUAAUGGAGCAGCCAGUGUCACUUAUGGAAAACUAUUUUCCAAAUGAAGAAGCUAAGAUGGCGGUGAGGGCUGAAGAACAGGAAUCCCCACUCGCAGGGGAAGAAAACUCACUAGUGCAGCUCUAUGGAGAGCCAGAAACAGAAGACCAGAUUGAGCCUGAUGAUGGUGAGCCGACUGGUCUGGUGUCAGAAGAAGAAAAUCAAGAUCUGAUGGAAGCCACAAAAGAAAAUCGUAGCAGGUUCAACAUCUGCCUAAAACUCUGUCUAUCAAAACGAGCCAUGCUAGGGCAGCGCUCUUGCCCUGGUGUGGUACUAGGAGAGAAGUGUUACCAGUUCUUUAAAGAGCCAAAGACGGCUGCAAAUGCUGAGCUGUUUUGCCAAAAGUUCCCCGGUGGCCAUCUGGCCUCCAUCACAAGCACUCACAACCACGCUGAGCUGAUGAAAAUGAUAGUGAAGGAAAAUGGAAAGUAUACGCGCACAUGGGUUGGAGGGCUUCGAUUUCUAGACACUGGUCGCUUCAUCUGGUUGGAUGGGUCCAAAUGGGACUACACUGAUUGGCUGUCAGGGGAGCCCAAUAACACAGCAAAUAAGGAGAACUGCCUGGAAGUCCUGCCUUAUGGAAACGGGAAGUUUAACGACUUUACGUGCUGGGAACCCCAGGCUUUCAUCUGCUCCUAUUACAAUUAGUUAAUGUACAGUGAGGUGUUUUUCUUUUCCUUGUCAGAUGUUGUGUGCUGAGUUUGAACUUUUUUCCCCCUUUACUUGCAGUUUAUCUUAAAUUUGAAAGUAAAUGAUUAGACACCAUGAUCUGUCAGCAUCUGUUAGUCACGGGACUCUUCAUUUACCUGCAUUAACCUCAGUUAGGACGGCUCUGAUUAUUUCACAUUUUAAAGUACAUUUUUUGUAAAUGAGUCCCAUCCGUUUUGUUUAAAUGCAAUAUUGCCUAUUUGGUAUUUAGAAAUAUUAAAAAAAAAAAAAAAAUGAAGUCACAUUUAAUAAAGUUAAACAAAAUGUAUGGACGAUGUUGUUUUUGAUAAUACUCGCUUGUUGUGUAAAUAAAGAAAAAUUGAUAUUUUA